AUAUCUACUAAUAGAGAUUCUCCUAAUAUAUUUAUUAUAAUAAAGAAGGUGCUAAGUAAAGUUAGGCAGAUAAUCCUGCCUAUACUUAAUACAUUUUAUAAAGGUAUGCUGCUACUAGGCAGGCUUACUAUUGCUAUUAUUAGUAGUAAUAAGAACUAUAUAAAAGCGCUAUAUUUCUUAGCUAUAGCUAGUAUAAGAUUAAGAUAUGAUAUAUUAUAUAUUAUUUACACUUUUAUAGCUAUAGUAGUUAUUAAGAUAUAUUUACUUAAUCUUAUAGUAUACUUACUUAUAUACUAG